CUCGGCUCCUUAUUCUCCUCUCAGCCUGUUAAUGAUCGCCAUCACUACUCAAGUAUUAGUCGGAGAUCCAUCCAUGCAAGCUAAACACGCUCCGGUGUCCGCUUUGCUGGUUCUCUUCGUGCUCUCUGUCGUCCUCACGCUCGUGCCGCAGCCGCAGAAAUCAUUCUUCCAGGCUCGGCCACUGCCGCUUCUGAUCGACAAUGAUGGCGGAGGCAUUGUGGCUCACGCCGACCCAUCCGGUGGCUGCGACUACUCUGACGGAAAAUGGGUGAAGGACGCCACUACCGCGACGCUCUACGGGGAGGACUGCCCAUUCCUUGAUCCCGGCUUCCGCUGCGAGCGCAACGGCCGGAACGACUCAUCCUUCCGGCACUGGCGCUGGCAACCUCGCGGCAGCUGCCGCCUCCCUAAGUUUAAUGCGACGGAUAUGUUGGAGAGGAGCCGGAACGGCCGAAUCGUGUUCGCUGGCGACUCCAUCGGCCGUAACCAGUGGGAGUCCAUGCUGUGCAUGCUCGCCAGCGCCGUGCCGAAUGGUUCGAGGAUAUAUGAGCAGUCCGGGAAGCCCCUUAGCCGGCACAAGGGCUACCUCUCCAUGAUCUUCCUGGACUACAACCUCUCUGUGGAGUACUACCGCGCGCCGAUGCUCGUCAUGGUCGACCGCAUCCCGCCGGUGGCAAGCAACAAAGGUGCAAGCGCCACCAGGGGUGCCAUCCGGCUGGACGCGCUGCCACGGCACGCCACGCGCUGGGCCGGUGCUGAUGUGCUCGUCCUCAACACGGGUCACUGGUGGAAUGAGCACAAGACCAUCAAAUCAGGAAAUUAUUUCAUGGUGGGAAAUCGGUUCAACAUGAAAAUGGACAUCAAGGAAGCGUUCCGGUUAUCCCUGCAGACGGUGAAAGACUGGGCGCUAAGCAAUCCACGACUCUCCACAAGGGGCUAUCUCUUCUUCAGGAGCUAUUCUCCAUCGCACUACGACAACGGAACGUGGGACACUGGGGGCUCAUGUGCAGACCAACGGGAUCCUCUUAUGAUGACCACUGGCGAGAGCAACCAAGAGUAUUCGUGGAUCAACACGAUGAUCUCGAGCACAGCACGGGGCACAAUUAGACAGCAGAUGGACAAUAGGGUGGUGUUCUUGAACAUAACGCACAUGACAGCACUGAGAAGGGACGGUCAUCCUUCACGGCACCGAGAGCCCGGGACGCCGCCGGAUGCCCCAGAGGAUUGCAGCCACUGGUGCCUGCCAGGCGUGCCGGACGCGUGGAACCAGGUGAUGUACGGGCACCUCGUGUCUACGGGAUAUGGCAUGAGGUUGGUCAAAAAAUAAUCAGCAGCUCAUCUCGCACCAAUUCUAACAUGGCUGCACACACGAACUUCACACCCACGUUGCAUAAUUCAUGAAAUGCAGAAUUAGCAGAGAUUUAGAUAGGGUAGGGAGCAGGAGCAUGGUGUAUCACAAAAGCAUAAAGAUGUAUGUAAAGUGUUUGACUCUGGCACAUAGGGUAGGCAGCAGGACCCCGGUGUAUCACAAAAGUCAGAGGAGCACCCCCGUGCAUGCAUGCAUGCAGAAUUGGCGUGAGGCAAGCUGAGCCGUUGAUCCCAUGGACUCUCAAGUUGUUGCAUCCGUCUGAUCGGUUUGUAUACACACAAAGACGAGCAACAA